GUUAUGGCUCUUAGUCAGAUUGUUGUGCUAGCGCUGUUCGCUUUUAUGGCUAACGCCAACUCUUUGCGAGCAAAACGGCAGCUGAGUCCUGCUGUUCGACUGGAAAGCGAACUUCAUCCUCUUAUGAUGGGUAUGUAUGGAUUUGGACCAGAGAAAUCCACUUUCAAACGAUCACCGAUCAGCCUGAAACGUCACAUUUCGCCAUCAUUCGACGUUGAAGAGGAUGUUGGGAACAUGCGCACGCUGAUGGACAUUGGGAAACGUGGAAUAAGCGUUGCCGAUGAUGUUGACCAACAAAUGCAGGUAGGCUUCUAUAUGCGUUUUUUCAGAUAG